CUGACAGGCUGGCGCGUUGCAUUUUGGGAUAGCUUAGCCAAAGAUGGCGACGUCUUUAGGAUCCAAUACGUACAACCGGCAAAACUGGGAAGAUGCGGAUUUUCCCAUCCUCUGCCAGACUUGUCUGGGGGAAAACCCCUACAUCCGUAUGACCAAAGAAAAGUAUGGGAAGGAGUGCAAGAUCUGUGCACGGCCCUUCACAGUGUUCCGCUGGUGCCCAGGGGUGCGAAUGCGCUUCAAGAAGACUGAGGUGUGCCAGACAUGCAGCAAGAUGAAGAACGUGUGUCAGACGUGCCUACUGGACCUGGAGUACGGCCUGCCGAUCCAGGUGCGCGACACGGGAUUGACGGUCAAGGAUGACAUGCCAAAAUCAGAUGUGAACAAGGAGUACUACACCCAGAACAUGGAGAGAGAGAUCCAGACCUCGGAUGGGACGAGACCUGUGGGCCAGCUGGGGAAGGUUCCGGGCUCCAGCGACAUGCUGCUGAAGCUGGCCCGUACCACGCCAUACUACAAGAGGAACCGGCCGCACAUCUGCUCCUUCUGGGUGAAGGGCGAGUGCAAGAGGGGCGAGGAGUGUCCUUACAGGCAUGAGAAACCCACGGACCCAGACGAUCCCUUGGCUGACCAGAACAUUAAGGACCGUUACUACGGCAUCAAUGACCCUGUGGCCGACAAGCUGCUUAAACGGGCCUCUGCCAUGCCCCGGCUGGACCCGCCCGAAGACAAGACCAUCACCACUCUGUAUGUGGGUGGACUGGGAGACACAAUCACAGAGAUGGACCUCAGGAACCACUUCUACCAGUUUGGGGAGAUCCGCACCACCACCAUAGUCCAGAGGCAGCAGUGCGCCUUCAUCCAGUUCGCUACCCGGCAGUCGGCUGAGCUCGCCGCCGAGAAGUCCUUCAACAAGCUCAUCAUCAACGGCCGAAGGCUCACCGUCAAGUGGGGCAGGUCCCAGGCAGCACGCGGGAAGGAGAAGGACAGGGAUGAGCUGAGCGAGUCGGGAAUGAAACUGGAGCUGGUGCCAGGCCUUCCUGGAGCUCUGCCCCCACCCCCAUCAUCAGAAGAAGACACUUCUGCCAACUACUUCAACUUGGGCCCCAGCACGUCCCCCUCCGUCAUGAACAUGAGCCUACCUCCGCCACCUGGCAUCACAAACCCACCGCCUCCAGGUUUUGGGCCUCCUAUGUUUCAUUCCAUGGGUUCCAUGGGUCCUCCUCCACCUCCGCCCAUGUCCUUGAGACCUCCUGGUCAGAUCCAUUACCCUUCCCAAGAUCCUCAGCGCAUGGGUGCCCACGCCAGCCGUCACGGUGGAUCCUAGUUUCACGGCUGCCUUGGGGUCCCACAGCUCUCUAGUCUCUUAAAGUGGGAAAUGGCUUUUAAAAUGGCUGGUUCCACAUUUACUUAAUACUUUUCCAAUUUUAACUCUAACUGAAGCUAAUUCAUAUGAAUUAAAACAUUCCCCAGGCUUCAAGUUUUUAAGUUAUCAGGAAGUUACUUGAAUUGUACUGUUUUGCAGAAACCGUUCACUUUUAUUGAACUCACCUGUGUCAGUCUAAAUUCUAAGAUGGGUUAAAUCUUUGUGAGACCCUUGGAUCUGUGCAAUGUGUAAACUAUAGCUGUGUCCCUCUGAAGUUUUUUAAGUCUCCUGGUCUGUGGGGCAGAAGGAUGCUGAUUUCAGUAUUGUGAAAAGCCCGAUGAGGAUGACCAAACCCAUACUGAGUCAACGGGAUGCCAGAAGACAAGUACAGCACAAUACAGGAAUUGUGACUCAUGGAGACACACAAGUCUUGUUCCUGACCUUCGAUGUGACUCACUUGCCGAGAAAUAGGACUUUUACCGAGUGCUGAACAUGGAGGCAUAUUUUCUGGCUUGCUUGUCUUGCUUAAAGCCUAUUUGCUGGACCCGUUUGAAGAACCUAUUUCAUAUAUUUACUGGUGCAAACUGUAUUGUCACUUAGCUCCUGCAUUUGUAAUUUGAUAGUUAGAUUUUUGUUUUAAGUCUUAAGUAUGUAUCUAAGAUAUGUAAACAUUCAACAGUGUUUUCUAAAUGUCUUCCUUAUACCAGUUGAAUUCUGAAGUGGGAGUGGUGGUCAGGGGUGAUUCCUCCUUCGACAUCUUUCAGGUCCGGAACAUACCCCUGUCUGCCAGUCGUCUGUCACAUUCUCUUUGACGUAUAAAACUUUUUUUAAUAAAAAAUAGCUGUCAUGGUAA